UACACAAAUGUUUUCAGUUUCUGGACUUUUUCUCUACUCUUUGACCUUUGGUGAGAUAUUGGAUCAUAUGAACAUUUAUUCAAAUGAAACCAUGUGAGAUGAUAUGUGACCCCGACUACACACUACUUUUCGUAAUACGGAAGCCAAAAAGCUUGGCAACCACUGGUUUAAUCUUUAACAAUGUGUUGUAUUUUACGGUGAAUGCUUGUUAUAUUAUCCAUGGUGUAAAAUCUUAAUCAUGAAAGUAGGCCUAACGAAUGUUGUCAAAUAAAUUUAGUGGAGUAGAAAGUACAAUAUUUCCCUCUGAAAUGUUGAGGAGGGGCUUUUGCAUUCGUGUUGUGGCUUUUGUAUUUGUGUUGUGGCUUUUGCAUUGUGUUGACCCUUCUUAGCCACCAUAGUAAAUGUACUCAAUUACUUUCCACCACUAAUAAUUACAUUCAUAUAACAUACCCAAUUACAACUUUGACUCUUAAAUGUAGGCUAUGUGACAUUAAUUGGAUAGCUUGUGAUUUACUCUGAACAAAUAAGAGUGAUUGUCAACCACAUGUUUAUCUGUACUGGUGUAAAUGUAAACUACAAACAGAUCACCUGCAGUACCUUGUUAGUUCUCAGCUUCAUAUGCCCAAUGUAAUAUUAGGAGAAUGCAUUAAGCAAAGUGAUAGUGGUCGGCAACCUUUAAUGUGCUGGCACGAGGCUUGCCGUGCAGCACGUGCCCAGGCACCUGCCAGGCCCCUCCCACUGCAGUGCACCUUCUCCCUUUAAAAGCGUUGGGAAACUGGACUGCUGCACGAGCCACUUUGGCUCCAAACGCCACGGGCAGGCUCCAAUCAGCUCAUGCUUGUAGAUCCAAAAUGGCGCCCAGCUUCCUCAUCCAGCCACUCGCUCAGCUGGAGGAGCCCUGCAGAGGCGGUUGCCAUGGUAACGUCCAUCCAACGCAGAGCCUAUGUGGUUACGUAAUGCCCACAGCGGACGGUGUUUAUGUUGUGGAUAAGACUUUGCACGUGGGUGCGUCAAUCGAUUGAUAGGACCGCUGUUGUGCAGAAAUUAUUUAAAAAAAAAAACAUGAUUGAUCUUCGUUUGUGCAACAAUUAGAAAAAAAACUUUACAGCCUUUAGGCUGUUAAAAUGAACAUUGAGGCUACGUACUAAAUAUUUAUUAAAAACCUUGCGCAGUCGGGGCCGGUGGCAAGUGACAAAUUACCGUGAAGUUGUUGACUGACCUUAUUAGAAGAAUGACCUCAGUGUUUCUGCGGCAGGAGGGAGACAAAAUAGAGCAAGGGAUGGACCGUGCGUGCGUGCGUGCGUGUGUGAGUGAGUGCAUGCAUGUGUGUGUGCCUGUGUGUGUUUUGGGAGGCGAGAGAGAGCAACAGAGAGGCAGGGGAUGGGACAGUGCGCGGUUAAUCCAACUUGACUCAAGUUGGGACCAGACCUUCAUCCCCGCGUCCUUGCGGAGAUGUGGCGGUCAUAUGUGGCGGUCACCUGUCUUUGAAUCAUUUACCGAAAAUUCACGCGGUGACUGUUAAAGAAAAAGCCAAGAUGACAGUACUGAAAGAAAUCCCGGAGAAAUGGUUUCCAGUCGUUCUCCCCCUGCAGAGAAAGAAACAGAAGGGACUUGAUGGAGGCAAAUCGAAAAAGAAGAGGACAGAGGAGGAGAGAAGGGUCAGAGCCAAUGACAGAGAGUACAACGAAAAGUUUCAGUAUGCGAGUAACUGCAUCAUGACAUCCAAGUACAACAUCAUCACCUUUCUGCCCGUCAACCUGUUUGAGCAGUUCCAGGAAGUAGCAAAUACCUACUUCCUAUUCCUGCUUAUACUGCAGUUGAUACCUCAGAUCUCCUCCCUCUCCUGGUUCACUACCAUCGUGCCUUUAGCUCUGGUGCUGAGCAUCACUGCAGUAAAGGAUGCCACCGACGACUAUUUUCGUCACAAGAGCGACAACCAUGUGAACAACCGUCAGUCUCAGGUCCUCAUCCGUGGCUCUCUUCAGAAUGAAAAGUGGAUGAAUGUUCGAGUGGGUGAUAUCAUCAAACUGGAAGACAACCAGUUUGUGGCAGCUGACCUGCUCCUGUUGUCCAGCAGUGAACCUCACGGGCUCUGUUACAUCGAGACAGCCGAGCUGGACGGAGAGACCAAUAUGAAGGUGCGUCAGUCUGUCUCAGUGACAUCUGAACUUGGAGACCCCAACAACUUGGCUUCAUUCAACGGUGAGGUGGUGUGUGAGCCCCCUAACAACAAGCUGGAUCGUUUCUGUGGCACUCUGUACUGGAGAGACAAGAAAUACACCCUAACCAACCAGAAUAUGCUGCUACGAGGAUGUGUCCUCCGCAACACUGAAGCCUGCUAUGGCCUGGUCAUCUUUGCAGGCCCAGAUACAAAGCUAAUGCAGAACAGCGGCCGCACUAAGUUUAAGCGCACGAGCAUCGACCGUCUGAUGAACACUCUGGUCCUGUGGAUCUUUGGCUUCCUCGUGUGUAUGGGUGUGAUCUUGGCUGUUGGCAAUGCAGUGUGGGAGAGAGAGGUGGGGUCCUUGUUUCAGAGCUACCUGCCCUGGAACCCUCCGGUGGACAACUUUCUGUUCAACGCCUUCCUCUCCUUCUGGUCCUACGUCAUCAUUCUCAACACCGUGGUGCCUAUCUCUCUGUAUGUCAGUGUGGAGGUGAUCAGGCUGGGUCACAGCUACUUCAUUAACUGGGACCAGCAGAUGUUCUGCUCACAGUGUAACACAGCAGCUGAGGCCAGGACCACCACUCUGAACGAGGAGCUGGGCCAGGUUGAAUACAUAUUCAGUGACAAGACUGGAACUCUCACUCAGAACAUCAUGAGCUUCAACAAGUGCUCCAUCAAUGGACAGACUUACGGUGAAGUUACAGACCCACUUGGACCUCAGCCGAAGAGACUGGACUUUACUCCCUUCAACCCCCUGGCGGACCCAGACUUCUGUUUCUAUGACGACACGCUGUUGGAAUCAGUGAAAGUGGGAGACUUGCACACUCACGAGUUUUUCCGCCUGCUCUCCCUCUGUCACACUGUCAUGAGUGAAGAGAAGAGUGAGGGAGAGCUGGUUUAUAAGGCUCAGUCUCCAGAUGAGGGCGCUUUAGUGACAGCAGCUCGAAACUUCGGUUUUGUGUUUCGCUCCCGAACACCUGGGACCAUCACCACGACCGAGAUGGGACGAACUGUCACCUACACUCUGCUCGCCAUUCUGGACUUUAACAACAUACGCAAAAGGAUGUCUGUUAUAGUGCGUAGCCCAGAGGGCAGGAUCCGUCUGUACUGUAAAGGAGCUGACACUGUGCUGCUAGAGAGACUCCACCCCUGUAACCAGGAACUGAUGAAUAUCACCUCAGACCACCUCAAUGAGUAUGCAGCAGAUGGGCUGCGGACCCUGGCCCUGGCCUACAGGGACCUGUCAGAGGACGAGUGGGAGGCGUGGUCAGAGAGCCACCGCUGCGCUGAAAAGGCCACGGACUACAGAGAGGACCGACUGGCAGCUGCUUAUGAGCAGAUAGAGCAAGACAUGAUGCUCCUGGGUGCCACAGCUAUAGAGGACAAACUGCAGGAAGGUGUACCAGAGACCAUCGCUAUCCUCUCUCUGGCCAACAUUAAAAUCUGGGUUCUCACUGGAGACAAGCAGGAGACGGCUGUCAACAUAGGUUACUCCUGCAAGAUGCUGACAGAUGACAUGACCGAGGUGUUCAUCAUCAGUGGGCACACAGUCCAGAGCGUACGGCAGGAGCUCAGGAGAGCGAGGGAAAGGAUGAUUGAACUGUCACGAAACAGAGAUGGAGGGAAGGAGGCGGGGAUGGAGAGAUGGGGAGAGGCGUGUUUCAUGGGAAAUGGUCUCAGAGAAGGACAAGAAGGAGAAGGAGGAGGCGUAGGAGGAGGAGGAGGAGGAGGCGUAGUUGGAGGAGGAGGAGGAGGAGGAGGAGGAGGCGUAGGUGGAGGAGGAGGAGGAGGAGGGAAACAGCUGCACUGCUCUACUCCUCCUCCACCUCCCUCCAACCUCAUGGAGAACAUCUCUGGAGAGUUUGCCCUCGUUAUCAACGGUCACAGCCUGGCCCAUGCUCUAGAAGCAGACAUGGAGAUGGAGUUUGUGUCGACGGCAUGCGCAUGCAAAGCAGUGAUCUGCUGCAGAGUCACCCCACUGCAAAAAGCUCAAGUGGUGGAGCUCAUCAAGAAACACAAGAAAGCCGUCACUCUGGCUAUAGGAGAUGGCGCUAACGAUGUUAGCAUGAUCAAAAGCGCUCAUAUUGGAGUUGGUAUCUCAGGUCAGGAGGGGAUCCAGGCCGUACUAGCCAGUGACUACUCCUUCUCCCAGUUCCGCUUCCUUCAGCGCCUCCUGCUUGUCCACGGCCGCUGGUCCUACCUGCGCAUGUGCCGUUUCCUCUGCUACUUCUUCUACAAGAAUUUUGCCUUCACCAUGGUGCACUUCUGGUUUGGCUUCUUUUGUGGCUUCUCUGCUCAGACUGUGUAUGAUCAGUACUUCAUCACACUCUACAACAUUGUCUACACCUCCCUCCCUGUGCUGGCCAUGGGGAUAUUUGACCAGGAUGUUCCUGACCAAAGGAGUCUGGAGUAUCCUAAACUGUACGAGCCUGGGCAGCUCAACCUCCUCUUCAACAAGAAAGAGUUCUUCAUCUGCAUCGCCCAGGGCAUCUACACAUCAGUGGUGCUGUUUUUUGUCCCCUACGCUAUCCUGUCUGAUGCCACUCAGAGCAACGGAGUGCCCCUCGCUGACUACCAGACCUUUGCUGUCACCACGGCAACAGCCCUGGUCAUUGUGGUCAGCGUACAGAUCGCUCUUGACACAGGCUUCUGGACAGUCAUCAACCAUGUGUUUGUGUGGGGCUCUCUGGGCUCCUACUUCACCAUCAUGUUCGCUCUGCACAGUCAGACCCUCUUCAGGAUCUUUCCUAAUCAGUUCCACUUUGUAGGUAGUGCCCAGAGCACAUUAUUGCAACCAGUCGUGUGGUUAACUAUUGCACUGGCAACAGCAAUAUGCAUAGUUCCAGUUUUGGCAUUCCGCUUCCUCAAGCUGGACCUUAAACCUCAGCUCUCAGACACGGUGCGCUACACUCAGUUGGUGCGGCAGAAGAAGCGGAAGCCAGUAGGACGCAGCGUGGGAGGUGCGUGGCGUGGCGUGGGAAGCGUGUCAGAGGGUCGUCUGGGCACUCGGGGUGGUUCUAGGAGGUCAGGCUACGCCUUUGCCCACCAGGAGGGCUUUGGAGAGCUGAUCACCUCAGGGAAGAACAUGAGGCUCUCUUCGCUGGCCCUGGCCACCUUUGCCUCCAGACACAGCUCCAGCUGGAUCGACACGCUCCGCAGAAAGAAACACACUCACUCUCACACUCCCCCCAGCGCCUCGGGGGAGAGUAGUCCAGCACCCAGUUAUGUCUCUGGGUCAGUUCCACCACUCUCAAACUCUUCCUCUGUUCUGGGCGGCUCACAAGAUACACCCAUCGAGGAGGAAACGGUCUCAACACCACAACACCAAAAUACACAGGCUGUUCCCGCUGCAUCCGCACAAACCCAACCAGCUAUAGCGCCGGAUGUAGAAUCAGCUGCAGCUCAGGGUCCAGCUCAGGCCCUCAAUGCUGGCCCCCUUAGCUCGUCAGCAGUGAGAUGCCAUGGGGGAGACUCACCUGGAGGGUGGACAUUCACUCUGGGGACUGUGCAGGAAGCUCUGUUUGGUUGGAAGAGUAUUGCGGCCCGCACCAGUGCUGCCAGCAGCCCAGGUCCACCCUCUGUUGCCAAGGAAACCAGGCAGAUUGAAUGAAACAAUCAUUAUAAAUGGAGGAGUUACUUGUUCGCUACUGUCCAUCAGAUGUUUGCACACACAUAGAGGAUGUGCUUUUCUGGAGAGAUACUGAGACACCAGGGGCACAUAGACUGUUGUAAAAACACGUAGUGCUCUCCUCUCUGUUUCCCAGCUGAUACGUCUCAAAAUAAAUAAUUUACAUCCGAAUCGCAGGAGGAAGUGACACUUCUUGAAGAUAUGGACAUCGCCAAUUAUGAAUUGGAAUUUCUUACUUACUUACUUCCCACGGCAUAUGACGACUGUUCAUGAAUGACUGAUAGAACAUUGUGAGAUUUACAGUAUAUAACUGAGGGACAGCAGCGGGUGCAGAAACAGAUUUCAGGAUAACUUAUUAUUAAUUAUAUAAACGAUUGUUUCCACUUUCACAAAGAUUAACCUCAUUCACAGCCAAGUAACACAGUAUUUAUGAAACUCAACAGCAAUUUGAAUGAAUGAGCAGUAUAAUUUUCAACCAGUGAGGUGCAGACAUUAUCUGUAAAAGUGUUUUUUGUCUCAGUGUUCACUAUAGUUCUCAGUGAGAACGGUCCCUUAUGUUACAGGACAUUGCAAGACUCUUGCAAGAUUGGUAUCCCUUUUCUCUCAUUGAUAUGUUUUCCUACUUAUUUUACCUCUACUCCACAUGUUUUCUUUUCUUUUUUUGCAUCAUAUUGAUGUGUUUUAUACUGGCCUAGUUGAGUUGCACCUUAAAGCAAGCUCUCAGUGCUUUUUUCUCCUAUUUGCACGUUAGGCCUUUUUUUGGUCUGACAAAGGCCCAGAUCAUGUGAAUGUAUGUCUAAUUUAAUGUCUCAUACAUCACACUCUGAAAAACAGAAUAAAAAGACAAAGUGCCACUGAUUUACUUUAGGUUGGACCUGGGCGCAGUGCAAAGAAAUAAAGAAACUUUGUGAAAAUCAAAAAGAUAUUUAAGCUAUUUAAAAGUGGUUUGUCAAAAUCUCAAUCAUACAUGUUGUCAAGUUUUGUCUGAACAGUUGUGUGGAUUCAUACUGUAUACACUUCAGUAAAGUGCUUUCAUUUAUUAUUUUUCCUCUUUAUUUUUAUUUGGAUGAAGGGAAGGUGUUUGGGGAUAAUCAUGCCUUAACAAUGCCAAACUUUUGGUCCUCUAACCUCUCUUUUCUGAUUCGUCAUCCAUAAGUCAAGCGUAGCAUCCCAUCUGACCCAGACUGGUGUGAGAUAAUCAGUAAGUAGGGUCAGCAGAGGAAUCAUAUAAAUCUGCUGUCAGAUCUCCCCCUGUACUACCAUCAUCAACAAAGCAGCUGACACACCAGAAUGUUGACAUGCUCUGAAACAAUAAGGUAAAAACUUAUGGAAAUGAAUGUACUGUACUGUAUUUGGCCCCAAGAAUUGUUCCAAGCACGGGUCAUUACUUAGGUGAAAUGUGGAGCUGUUGAAUGGUGGUCAAUAAACAUGUCAUCUCUCUUUCACAUGAGAGAAACUGAAAA